AUGACCUCGUACCCCAACGGUGAUCAAUUUCUUCAGGAUAAUGGUUAUGACCUGGUAUUUCUGCCACGGGACAUUUUCUGGCUCGUCCUGGCCUACUUGACCCCACCGGAUCUGGUUCGAUGCCGCCGAGUCUCGCGCAUUUGGAAUGAGGCCUUCGGCAACCCGGCCAUCUUGGUCCCACUCAUGAAAAGGCACUUCCCUCGCACUAGGGAGCUCGAAGGGCUCCACGUCGGCUCCAGUACCAGUACUGGGGCUGGUACCGGCACCGAUCCAAUCGUCAUCCGCUCCCUCUUUGACCAGGUUGCCUCGCGUUAUGAUUAUCUCGAGCGAGGAAAGCCCCGCUCCGUUCAAAAACACCGCCUGUGUGACGACUUUGGUGCCGCGGGGGACCGUGAAUGGUUCCAGGUCCCGCCAUGGGAGUCGCACGCGAGCCAUGUCAGACAGUUUGUCGACCGCCAGUUCUCCGAGGCACUGUGGACGCAUGAUCAGGAUUUACUGGUGUUUCCGAGUGCUGAACAUCAGUGUCUGGUACUGAUGGAUUUGAGCAAUGACCGGCAAUUUACCAUUCCCUUUACCACCACUGGGAAAGUCGUACGCCGAGUCCGAUUACAGAAACAAUUGCUGGUAGUCGAGUGGGCUGAACCAAAGGCCUUCCACUGGCUCAACGACAGUGACGGCGUGCAUCGUCAUUUUGCCUCAUCUUUUGAUGUGAAGCCGAGUAUCGCGGACGGCUGGGAGAUCACGGCUCGGAAUGAGUGGAAGAUUAUGUUCCUUGGCCACCCGCUCAGUGAGCGAGAUCGAUUCUUCUCCUCUCAUAGUAACACGCACUAUGUGAUUUAUAUUUGGCAGCCCAAUCGCAGCCUAUACACAGCCGACGAGGACGCGCCCAUUGAAUCCUUAUUUGUUUGGGACAUCUCAACCCCGUCCUCUUACCGUCCAUCGCUCGAUCCAACAGGAAAACACGAGGACUCCAAAGGCGACGAAUCACCAGCGAUCGUGGCUCGUUUUGGUUUCCGAGACCUUGAGUUCUUCGGCGUUCGACAACGAGGAUGCCUGAGCGUGCAGCGGCUCGAAAUUACCGACGAUAGCCUAGCAGUGGAAAUUACAGAAAAUAUCAAUACCUGGUUGACAGUCGCGGACCCGCUCGGCUUGCCCAUGGCUGUUGUGACCAGCAUUCCCAUGCAAGGCUGUGGUCCUCAUUGGCGACAGCAGAGCGAUUUGAUACUCCCAGCUUACCGGGGUAACUGCAGCCUGCAAACAUCACCGAUAAGUGUGUUAGCUAUCAUGGCUGAAUGUUGGUACGGGACCAUUGCCCAGGUCAUUGACCAGCAAGCCGGCGUCAGCUUCUGCCUGCAUUUUGAUCCUGCCAAAUGGGUCGAGGACCGGAGAGAGCCUGAGCUCAAGGAUCAAACUAUCAGCCUUACAUAUCAGGUCUUGGGAUCUUACGAAGAGCCUUCCCAAGUGACCACCGCCAACCUGGAUUUCACGGGUAGAGGAAAAAUAAGUGGGUGUGAAAGGUAUCUCCUAGGCGAGAACUCUAAUAGGGAAUUGGUGAUCUAUAGAUUCGACCGAUGA